CUGGUUAGGCACAGUUCACAAGGGUCCAAAAAGACUGUAUCAAAGUCUCUCUAAGGUUCUCCCCCACCCCUCCAGAGUGUGCCUCUCUAGAUCUGUCAGUCUGCAGUACUCCAGCAGCAGGAGAGCAGAUUGUUAAACGCCUGGCUGGCUGUGCAAAAUCCUUGAAGAUCUCUUUCCCUCUCUGUAAAUGCCCUGCAAACAGAGCAAACGAACGGAAGGACAAAUCCAACCAGUCACCUCAACAACUGGAUUUCUAAUCAUUGUGCUUUCCACCUAGGAAUCUUGUACAAACUCCUUUCCACGCUUUACCCAAUGGAUUUUAUUCGCAUGUAUGGAAUAAUUGCUUGCUUUUUAACUUCUUGUUGCUGGCUGGCUGUGGAUUCAUUUAUUGCAAAAGAACCCCUCAAUGGAAAAUUAAGUGAAUAUGGUGUGAUUGUCCCGUUCAGUACAGAUUGCCAGGGACGAUACAUUUCCCACGUGGUGUCAGCAACAGGAAGUACAAGAGGUGGGUUUACCUUAAAACACCCUGGACAGAGGGUAGCCCGUAGUGUCCCCGACCCAACAAGAAUGCAAUCAGAUGAUGGUUGCGUUUAUUUCAAUGUCACGGUCUUCGGAAAGCAGCUGCAUCUUCGUCUCAAGCCUAACAAACAUCUGGUUUCUCAUGAGGCUACUCUGGAGUGGCAGGAGGAUUACCAAGAGAUUUCUAGAGGGUCAGUACAUGCCGGAUGUGUGUAUACGGGAGACAUCACAGAUAUGCCAGAAGCAACUGUGGCCAUCAGCACCUGUGAUGGACUGGCUGGAUUGAUAAGGACAGAUGUCAGUGAAUUCUUUAUUGAGCCUUUAGAAAGAGGACGUCAGAAUGAAGAGGAAAAUGGUCGUGCUCAUGUGAUUUAUAGGAGGUCUGCUGUUCAACAGGACAAACCAGCAGGUCAAAAAGAGAUAAUGAAUGAAGUUGCAAAGUCAGGAGUGGGGGAUCUCCCAAAUUCACUAGAUAGAAUAAAAGAAAAUAUACAAGAAAAUGAACGACGAAAACGUCACACAAAGAAAGAUGACUACAACAUUGAGGUUCUACUGGCAGUGGAUGACUCUGUUGUGCGCUUCCAUGGAAAAGAACAUGUGCAAAACUACGUCCUUACCCUCAUGAACAUAGUAGAUGAAAUUUACCACGAUGAAUCCCUGGGUGUUCAUAUCAACAUAGUUCUGGUGCGAAUGAUUAUGGUGGGAUACAGACAGUCUAUAAGCUUGAUAGAACGUGGAAACCCAUCAAGGAGCCUUGAGCAGGUGUGUCGCUGGGCUCAUUCCCAGCAACGUUCUGACCCAGAUCACGCUGAGCACCAUGACCAUGCUGUGUUUCUUACCAGGCAAGAUUUUGGUCCUGCAGGUAUGCAAGGUUAUGCUCCUGUAACGGGUAUGUGUCAUCCACUACGUAGCUGUACUCUGAACCAUGAAGAUGGGUUCUCCUCCGCAUUUGUGGUCGCCCAUGAAACAGGUCACGUGUUAGGUAUGGAACAUGAUGGGCAAGGUAAUCGCUGUGCUGAUGAAACCAGCAUGGGGAGCAUUAUGGCACCACUGGUCCAAGCUGCAUUCCACCGCUAUCAUUGGUCAAGAUGCAGUAAACAGGAACUUAACAGAUACAUACAUUCUUAUGAUUGUCUUCUUGAUGAUCCAUUUGAGCACAAUUGGCCCAAACUCCCUGAGCUUCCAGGAAUCAACUACUCCAUGGAUGAGCAAUGCAGAUUUGAUUUUGGAGUGGGCUACAAGAUGUGCACUGCCUUUAGAACAUUUGACCCUUGUAAACAGCUGUGGUGCAGCCAUCCAGAUAAUCCUUAUUUCUGCAAAACUAAGAAGGGCCCCCCACUCGACGGGACUGAAUGCUCUCCAGGAAAGUGGUGUUUUAAAGGCCACUGUAUUUGGAAGACUCCAGAGCAAUCCUACAGCCAGGAUGGAGGUUGGAGCUCAUGGUCCAGAUUUGGGACUUGUUCCCGCACUUGUGGAGGAGGUGUGCGGUCCCGUAGCAGACAGUGUAAUAACCCACCACCAGCUUAUGGAGGCCGCGAUUGCCCAGGUGCCACCUAUGAAUAUCAGAUAUGCAAUAAUGAAGAAUGCAAAGGACCGUAUGAAGACUUCCGUGCACAACAGUGCUCGCAACGCAACUCAUAUUACACACAUCAGAAUGCCAAACACACGUGGCUUCCAUAUGAGCAUCAAGAUGAUGCCCAGAAGUGUGAACUUAUAUGCCAGUCCAAAGAAACUGGAGAUGUGGUUUUCAUGAACCAGGUGGUUCAUGAUGGCACCAGAUGCAGCUACAAAGAUCCAUAUAGUGUUUGUGCCAGAGGAGAUUGUGUGCACAUCGGAUGUGACAAGGAAAUUGGUUCCAUGAAAGAGGAUGACAAAUGUGGAGUUUGUGGGGGAGAUAAUUCUCAUUGCCGAACAGUAAAAGGAACAUUAGUCAAGUCUCCAAAACAAACUGCUGGAGUUCUGAAAAUGUUUGAGAUCCCAGCGGGAGCCAGGCAUAUUCAAAUAGAGGAAACAGAGCAGUCCACCAACAACCUUGCCAUUAAAAACCAAGCAAGUGGCCAUUUUAUCCUGAAUGCUAAAGGAAAGGAGAACAAAUCCAGAACCUUUAUAGAAAUGAGUCUUGAGUGGGAAUAUACUGUUGAAGAUGGGAAGGAAAGCGUGAAAACAACUGGACCCUUGCAUGAGUCCAUUGUCAUUUUGGUUGUUUCUCAAGAGGAUGAUGGAAAAAGUAGCCUGAUGUACAGAUACAUUAUUCAUGAAGACCUCUUACCAAUGAUUAGCAACAAUAAUGUACUUCUGGAAGAGAUGGAUUCAUAUGAGUGGGCUUUGAAAAGCUGGUCCCAAUGUUCUAAAGCAUGUGGAGGAGGUAUUCAAUACACAAAGUAUGGAUGUCGCAGAAAGGGGGAUAACCGAAUGGUCCACCGCAAUUUCUGUGACAUUAGUAAAAAGCCAAAGCCAAUUCGUAGACGAUGUAACCUUCAGGAGUGCUCCCAACCCGGGUGGGUGGCUGAUGAAUGGGGGCCAUGCAGCAAAACUUGUGGCAAACUUGGUAUACAGACCAGGGUAGUUCAAUGUGUACAGCACUUGCAGAAUGGAACAAACAGAACUGUUCAUACCAAAUACUGUACAGCGGAACGUCCAGAACCAAGACGUCCUUGUAACCGCACACCCUGUCCAGCACUGUGGAGGACGGGGGCUUGGUCACAGUGCUCAUCUAGCUGUGGAGAAGGUAUUCAGCAGCGCCAAGUGGUGUGCAAGGCCAGUGAUAAUGUCAUUGGACAAUGUGAUGGAGACAAGCCAGAAACCAUUCAGGUGUGCAAGAUGGCUUCUUGUCCAGGAAAAUCUCAAGGGCUCCCAAUACAUGCAGAAGAUCUUGAUUCUAUAACCCCAAAGGUACCAUGGGUUCCUCCACCAAAUCCACCAAAAAAUCCUGUCAACAAGAUUUCUUCAAAAGAUUUAUGCCACGGAGACAAAUCCAUAUUUUGCCAAAUGGAAGUCCUAGCUCGCUAUUGUUCAAUACCUGGAUACCAUAAGCUGUGUUGUGAGUCUUGCGGGAAAAAGAUUGCCCCUACUAGCCUGACUCCAAGUUCAGAGCAUGCUGCGUUAGAAUUCAGGGAAGUUGAAGGUGCAGCCCUGCCAAGUCCCAUUCCAACUACAACUGUCAGCAGGUUGACUGAGGCUUCAAUAGACAAUACUCCAGUAGACCCUCAGUUGCCUGUUUCAGAAGCUCAACACAACACGAAAGCAACCAAUGAUACUCCAGGAGGUGAUUCCACCUUACAUACUUCAGGCAAUAAUACUUUCUCCACAGAUUUAGGAAAACGGAGAUUAACAGAAAAUCUCAGUGGACAUGGAGAAAACCCUGCUACACAACUGGGUAAAACAGUUAAUAAACAAAACAAGGCCAGUCCUUUGCUAUCUUCUGAAAGUGUCCAAGAUGUACAUACUGGUUCCAGUGAGAAAAUCACCUCCAUGGCAACAUGAAUCACUGCUUACCGCAAAACAUUUAGGAAAAGUUGAACAGCUUCAUUUGGAAUAGACAAACAAAAUAGCAAAGAAAUAGGCUCUUUUGCAAUUUGCCUGUAGCACUUUUUUUUAAGGAAAUGACUGAAGUUUGUAUGCUGAAAAUAAA